UCAAGCACGUUUAUCAUUUGGUUAUCUAAAAAUUCCUCGUGCAUUGAACGCUCUUUUAAAUUGUAAAAAAUUACUUAUAGAAUAAACUGCGCACAUAUGAUAACAAUAUCAUAGUGUACCAAUUACAAUUUCGUAUUUUGAAACGUGCUAAAAAAGAACAAUGUCUAAAGGACCCAAGACAAUAAUUAUCGGGGCUGGAGCAGCAGGUAUCGCAGCAGCGACUAGAUUAAUGAAGAAUGGUUUAGAAAAUGUUACAAUUCUUGAAGCAAAAAAUCGGAUUGGCGGUAGAAUAAAUACAGUAGAUUUUUCUGAUAAUGUUGUGGAGUUGGGAGCACAAUGGGUUCAUGGAGAACAUGGAAAUGUUGUUUUCAGUCUUGCUUCUCCACAUAAAUUAUUAGAUUCAUCAAAAUGUUUUAAUGAUUUUGAUAGACACAUUUAUGUUACUGCUAAAGGUGAAAUACUUUCAAAAGAGGAGAGCGUAGAAACAUUAAAAAGAUACUAUGAUAUUUCUCAAAACAUAUCAGAUGAGAUAUGUGAGGCAGAAACAUAUGGGGAAUAUUUUGUGAAUCAAUUUUAUAAAAAAUUUGAGGAAAAUCCGUUUACUACUCGUGAGAGAGCUGAACAAUUAUUGGAUUGGAUGCAUAAAUUUGAUAAUUCCAUUCAAUCUAGUGAUACAUGGUUUGAUGUUUCUGCAAAACAUAUUACAAAUUAUUGGACUUGUGAAGGAGAUCUCUUACUUAAUUGGAAACAUAAUGGUUAUAAAAUAUUGUUUGAUUUAUUAUCCCAAAAAAUAACAAACUCAAAAAUCACACUACCAAUAAUGGAAAAAAUAGAAUUUAAUAAAGAUGUUAAUAAUAUUGAUUAUACUUCAAGUGAUAAUAUAAUUGUAAAAACAAAAGAUGGUUCUAAAUACACAGCACCGCAUGUAAUAUGCACUGCAUCUAUUGGUGUACUGAAAGAGAGACAUGCAACAAUGUUCACUCCAUGUUUGCCUAAGAUUAAACAACUUGCAAUAAAGGGUUUAAAUAUUGGAACUGUAAAUAAAGUUUUCUUGGAAUUCCCACAUAGAUGGUGGCAAGAAGAAUGUGCUGGUUUUAGUUUAAUAUGGUCCAAGGAAGAUGAGGAAAAAUUUAUUAAAUGUCAUGGACAAGGAUAUGGAUGGUUAUGUGAUGUUUUUGCAUUUCUUUCUGUGGAUUAUCAACCAAGAGUAUUAUGUUCAUGGAUCUCUGGAAAAUAUGCAAGGCAGAUAGAACUACUUUCUGACAGUGAUGUAUCUGAUGGAUUGUACUUGCUACUAGAUAUGUUUUUGAGUAAAGCAUAUAAUAUUCCGAAAUUUGAUAAAAUGCUUAGAUCAUCGUGGUAUACAGAUGAAUACUUCCGUGGUUGCUACACUUUUAAGAGUACAGAGACUGACAAGUUAAAUGUAGAAAUCAGAGAUUUAGCUGAUCCUAUUGCAACAGUUGAUGGAAAGCCUAUAAUUCUCUUCGCUGGAGAGGCCACGCACGAGCAUUAUUAUUCCACCGUGCACGGGGCAGUUGAAACGGGAUUCAGAGAGGCCGAUAGAAUAUUAAAUUUCCAUAGAACGUGUGGUUCGUUAAAGAAAGUCAUAAAAGACUUCGAAAAUAAUAUGGGAAGGACGCCGAAUGCUUCAAAUCAAGCAACAACGGGCACGAAACUUGCGAUAAUAGGUGCAGGAAUUGCAGGACUAGCAGCUGCUAAGACAUUGGAGGAUGUAAAUUUCAAAGAUUAUUUAUUAAUCGAAGCUCAAAACGAAGUCGGAGGUCGGAUUAAUUCGGUACUGUGGAAUAAAACAUGGAUAGAACAUGGUGCACAGUUCAUACAUGGCGAUCAAAGUCAGUUAGCACAAUUGUGUUAUCAGCAUGAUUUACUCGUAGACAUUGACUACAGAGAUGGCCAGGGAAUUUUCAUUCGAAAUAAUGGCCGUGAAGUAGAUAAAGCUCUGAUAGAAGAGAUAGAUGAUCUGAUUCGCAACACAUUAGAAGAUUGUGAAGAUUACGUGGAUAAGGAUGUCGAAAAAGGUUGCGAAAAUAUUGGUGCGGUUUUAAGAAACACUUUCAACCAGUACUUGCAUCAAAAGAAUGAUUCGCCAGCGAUAAAAAAUAUAAAAGAAGAGAUUUUUGAUUGGAAUCUCAAAUUCCUUAAAAUAGAUAACUCUUGUUAUACACUUAAUGAUCUGUCUACUAAAUACUGGGGAAAAUUCAAGGUAAACGCAAAAAGAUUGCAAUGCCUAUUAUUUAAUAAUAUUAAAAUAUGUAUGUGUUUUACAGUUUGCUGGUGGUCCAGAAUACCUGACGUUUAAAUCCUGAUAUAAGGCCAUAACCAAACUCAUCGCUGAUGGUUUGGGAGCAAAAAAUUUACGUCUAAAUACUGUCGUGGAUUCGAUCGAGUGGCAA